AUGUUCCAAACAUCAGUAUUGAACCUUCUACGCCCGUUCACUGAGGCACUGGGAUAUAUCUCGAAGAUCAACAGGCUUGUUGAGAUCAUCAUGCAAUGCUUCAAUAGGGCCUUCUGGCCCGUCUUCUUUCUACUUACACAAGCGCUAGCAGGCCAUGGAAACACAGCCAGAGUGACUUGCACGGAAGAGUUCAAGCCCAUCUCGGCGGCCGAAUUCGUCGCAGGGAUGAACCCAGGGUGGAAUCUGGUGACCUAUACCGACCACUUUCUGACCGGAUCGCCUUCCUGGACGAUUGACCCGUCGUGGCUGCAGCGCGUCUCGGACGUCGUCGAUAUGGCGACGGAGCGAGGGUUCUACGUGGUUACAAACAUGCAUCAUGACUCUUCCUGGGUCGACGUCACCAAGAGCGAUGCAAACCUGAGCAUGAUAUACGAGAAAUUCCAACAGUCUUGGCAGCAGAUUGGCGAGAAGCUAGGCUGCAAGUCAUCUCUGCUCGCGUUCGAGCCGAUCAACGAGCCCCCGGCAAAUACAGCAGAGGAUGGCGCCAAGAUCAACAUUCUCAACAGGGUCUUCCUGAAUGGACUGGCUCGGUCUGGUGGGUUCAACACGCAGCGUGUUGUUACUCUAGUGGGAGGCUCCAUGGAUCCUUCCAAGACGUCACAAUGGUUCGUCAAGCCGAGGAAUAUCGUCAAUCCAUGGGCUCUGCAAUAUCACUACUAUAACCCUUACGACUUCACAUUCAAUGCUUGGGGCAAGACGAUCUGGGGAUCAGAGGAUGACAAGAAGGCGGUUCUGACCGACCUCGACAUCGUUCGCGACAAUUUCACCGACGUGCCCCUCGUCAUCGGGGAAUAUGACGCAUUCCCUCAGCAGUGUGAGACUGCCGCGAGACACAAGUGGCUCGACUUUGUCACACGACAGGCAGCGGCUCGCAACACAUCCGUCAUGGUCUGGGACAACGGUGACGCAUACCUCGACAGGGCCGCCAGCAAGUGGCGCGACCCGGUAGGGAUUGACAUCAUGAUCGAUGCCGCCAAGGGCAUCUCCAACACUCUGGCAGAGAGCACGGUCGACCCAUUGGCGCCAACGCAAUCUAGCUCGGCUUACAUCUUCCAUCGCGUAGGCGAGGAUGUGACCGACCAGACGGUGGAUCUGCAGCUGAACGGUAACGCACUGGUCAAGAUUGAAGCCGGGACAGGCGAGGCCCUGCAGUCAGCAGACUUCUCCAUCUCGGGCUCGAGCGUGGUAUUCAAGGCCGGUUUCCUGUCCAAAUACCUCUCGCCAACAGCAGAGCCCGGAAGCAAAGCCAACCUGACGUUGACCUUCUCCGCCGGUGCGCCGGUGCAGGUCGAGAUCGUCCAGUGGGACACGCCCGAACUGGCGACGACGAGCUCUGUCGCUGUCGCCGGGGCCGACCUCAAGAUACCGGUCACGUUCAAGGGCCUUUCCAGGCUCGCGACAGUGAAGAUGGUGGAGAUUGACGGGACCUAUCUGUUCGACGAGUGGACAAAGUGGCUCGGACCGCUGCAGCAAGCACGAGGGACUUACGACUCGCAGUGGAGGUGGGACAAGGAUAGUGUGAUCCUGACUGCCAAUACGGUCAAUGCCGUCAUUGCGGCCGGGAAGACUACCGCGUUCACCUUUGAGUUCUACCCUCGGGUGCCGGCCAACGCGGUGAACUAUACCUUGCAAGCAGUCGCUUCGUCCAGAUUCAUGUAG